GCGGUCGGCUAGGGGACCGUGGACAGCUCCCGUCUGAGGAGCAGAGUAACGCAGGAGGAGGAGAGGGCUGGAUAUGGGGGAGCCACCGCACAGGCCCGUACGAUCGAGAUAAAAAACACUUUUUUUUUUUUUUUUUUUUUAAAUGUGCACACACCGGGGAAAAUACACAAAGACACGGAGCUGGAGAGGCCUACGGAGGACGGGGAAACAACCGAGGAAGUGAAGGAAAAGGGGGACUACGGCUACUGACCCAUCCCGGCGCAUCACGGGUGAAGCAGCGAGAGAAAGGAGGAUAGGGAGAGAUAAUUCUGCGACCUGAUGGACUGAGAGGACAGAUGAAUGAAGACUGCCUACACUAACGCCUAUCGAUGCCUGGCCAAGGACCUGGACGCUUACGCCAUGAACACGGACAUGACAAUGGAUGGCAUUGGCAGCCUGCAUGGCGGGGUGGCGGUGAGCUCCAUGGUCCCUGAUGCGGAGCUGAUGAGCGGCCACAGCCCGCACCACGGCCGCGGGAGCUCAUCGGGACACGGGGCGGCGGCGGCAGCGGCGGCGGCGGCGGCGUCCACCCUGCGGAUACACCAGGACCUGGCCGCCGCCGCCGCUUCAUCCCGCUCGGCCAUGGUGACCGGCAUGGCCACGAUACUGGACGGCAGCGGGGAGUACCGACCGGAGCUGUCCCUGCCGCUGCACCACGCCAUGAGCGUGCCCUGCGACACGUCCUCUCCCGGGAUGGGGAUGAGCGGCACCUACACCACCUUAACCCCGCUGCAGCCGCUGCCCCCCAUCUCCACCGUGUCGGACAAGUUUCACCAUCAUCACCAUCACCACCACCACCAGCGGCUCUCCGGGAACGUGAGCGGGAGCUUCACCCUGAUGCGGGACGAGCGGGGGCUGCCGGGCAUGAACAACCUGUACAGCCCCUAUCACAAGGACCACAUGUCCGGGAUGGGUCAGAGCCUGUCCCCGGUGCUGGGCAACGGCCUGGGCUCCAUACACAACACCCAGCAGGGUCUCCACAACUACGGCACCACGACGCACGGAGGCCACGACAAGAUGCUGAACUUCGACGCACACCACACCGCCUCCAUGCUGGCCAGAGGAGACCACCACCAGCACCGAGGCCUCGGUGGCCCGGCGGCCGGGAUGAUGCCACACCUGAACGGCAUGCACCACCCGGGGCACCCGGCCGCGUCCUCGGCGGGCCACCACCCCCACUCCAACCCCCACCUCCAGUCUCCAUCCCACGGGCCCGUGUUGGCUUCCACCAGGGAAAGACCGCCCUCCUCCUCGGGGACGCAGGGGGUGAACAGCUCGGGGCAGCUGGAGGAAAUCAACACCAAGGAGGUUGCGCAGAGGAUCACGGCGGAGCUGAAGAGGUACAGCAUCCCCCAGGCCAUCUUCGCCCAGAGGGUGCUGUGCCGCUCCCAGGGGACCCUGUCGGACCUCCUGAGGAACCCCAAACCCUGGAGUAAACUAAAGUCAGGCCGGGAGACCUUCAGGAGGAUGUGGAAGUGGCUGCAGGAGCCCGAGUUUCAGAGGAUGUCGGCCCUCAGACUGGCAGGCCAAGAAAGCAAACAAAGAGCUGCUGACUUGACAGUUGUGGCAUCUCUGGAACAUGGAAGUCUUCUCCAGAGUGAAUUAUCGUGCUACAACAUGGCGUGCAAACGGAAGGAGCAGGACACGGCGAAGGACCGCAACAGCACGCCAAAGAAGUCGCGGCUGGUCUUCACCGACCUGCAGCGUCGCACCCUGCUAGCCAUCUUCAAGGAGAACAAGCGACCGUCCAAGGAGAUGCAGCUCACCAUCUCUCAGCAGCUGGGCCUCGAACUCACCACCGUCAGCAACUUCUUCAUGAACGCCCGCCGCCGGAGCCUGGACAAAUGGACAGACGACGGAGCCAGCCCCGGCGGCCAAUCUUCGGCGUCCAGCACUUGUACCAAAGCGUGAUGGUAGAUAGCGAGGA